AACCACUGGGUGUGACUACACAUAUCUUUUUUACAAUAAGUAAGACAUUUCAUUACUUAUUCCUUCCACGCUGUGACAAACCAAGGAAAACAGUGAUAAAGGAACAGAGGCUUCUGAAUUAAAAGAUGCAGUUCUUUUCCUAUCAUACCAGGAAGCGCUUUCGAACAUUUGUGUUUCUUGACCUGGAAGCUACUGGCUUACCUUUGCAGCAUCCUAAAGUAACAGAACUGUGUAUGAUCGCAGUGAAUAGGUACUCGCUGGAUAAUCCUCAGUCUACAAGUUCUUUUACAAAUCCGGAGCCACUUUUUCCUAGAGUCGCUGACAAGCUAUGCCUUUACAUAGACCCAGACAAACCGAUUGCACCAUCUGCCAGCACCGUGACUAGACUUAGUAACAACCUCCUACAAGAUAAUCAGAAGAAACCCUUCAACACUAAUGUGGCGUGUCUGUUAAAAGCUUUCCUUGAUCGACAAGCACAACCAGUCUGUUUGGUAGCACAUAAUGGCUACAAAUAUGAUUUUCCACUGCUGAAGGCAGAAUUAUUCUUGAUCGAUUCCUGCAUCUUGGAUGACAUAUUCUGUGUUGAUAGCUUAGUGGCAAUAAGAGCUGUUGAUAAAACGGAUCAAUGUUCUUAUGAUCAAACGUCUAAUUUUAAGAAAAAAAGGAAGCUUUACAACCUUCGUGACCUGUUCUUCCAGUUCUAUAAACGAUACCCACAGAACAGCCAUACUGCAGAGGGUGAUGCAACUGCACUUAUAAUGGUCUUUCUGUGGAAAGCAGAAGACCUUAUUAAAUGGGUUGAUGAAAACUACAAAACAUUUAGUGACAUGUCAAUGAUGUGUAUUCAAAAUUUUGGAACACGCAGACAAACAUGGGACUACAUUACACCUUCUCAAUCUCAACAGAGAAAGCACGUUCAUUUUAGUGAUGAGGACCAAACGGAUGAUGAACAACCAGUAUAUAAAUCAUAUCAAGGAAAGGUUUUCAAAGAUACAAGAUUCAGUGGUACAUCCAGUCACUUUCUAAGACACUACAAUAAUUCUGGCUCAUUUGAUGACAAAUGUCCGCCAACGAUGUUGGCCACUGGUCUGCUUAUACUUAUACUUUGCACUCUCAUAUUGUUCCUUUUAGAAGUUAAGUGACAAGGCUGUAGUGAAGACAGAGCUGAGGCACACCCUUUAAGUGCCAACUCAAAAGAAAAUGGAUGUAUUUCUUCUAUAAAGGUAUUACCCACACUUUCAGCUACAGACUUCAUUCAGCCCUAGUUCUAGUCCUCACUCAUGCUGUCCCUUCAAAACAAAGGUAGCAUCCAAGUGCUUACCAGAAAUUCCCUGAAAUCAAGAUGUAAAAGUAAUUACUAUCAGCUGAUGUGCAUACCUCUCAACUGUCCAAAUUUUCAGAGAAUGCCCAGAUUUUU